GGGCGCGAAAGCUCGAACGCCGCUGCCUGGCUGGAGACGGCGGGAGCGGCUGCGUCCUGACGGGUAAGGGAACUGGGGACCUGUUUCAUCUCGAGCGGCGCGCUGAGGAGGUCGGGGUCAUGACGGGUGAAGUAGUUUCCGAGGUUCACCUAGAAAUCAAUGAUUCAAAACUCAUUUCACAAGAGGAAACAGACAGUCCUUCAGACAGUGGACAAGGCAGCUGUGAAACAAUUGGGCCCUUGAGUGAACAAGAUUCAGAUGAAGAGAUAUUUGUGAGCAGGAAAUUGAAAAGCAGGAAGGUACUACAAGAGAGUGAUUCUGAAAGAGAAGACCCAGAUGUGUCUCCAGAGGAAACUGCCUAUGACGAUGCUGAAGAGGAAGAUAAAGAGAACCUGUAUGCUGGAAAGAAGGGAAAAGUCAGAAGGAUUUAUAAAACUCUGGCGGACAGUGAUGAAAGUGACAUUGAGGAGUCUUUAUGUCAGGAGAAUUCUGAAACCCAAGUGACACCUUGCUUAGAGCUGGGUCUCCAGUCUGAAAACUCUGUGGACUUUACAGUUGACAGAAAGAUUUCCAAAAAGCCCAUUUGUGGUAGAGAAGGAAUUGGAGGAAAAGCAAAAGUAAAAUCAAAGCGAAGACUUGAGAAAGAAGAGCGAAAGAUGGAAAAAAUUAGGCAGCUGAAAAAGAAGGAAACAAAAGAUGAGGAAGAUGAUGUGAAACAGCCAUUUAAUGACAGUGGCUGUCUACUUGUGGAUAAAGACCUUUUUGAAACUGGGUUGGAGGAGGAAAAUCACUCUCCGUUAGAAGAUGAAGAGUCGUUAGAAUCAAUAAGGGCGGCUGUGAAAAAGAAAGUGAAGAAGCACAAGAAAAAAGAACUGUCUUUGGAGAGUGGGGUCUAUUCAUUUGAAGAAGAAACUGAGUUGUCAAAAGGCACCACGAGGAAGGAAAGAAAGGCAGCCAAAUUAAGUAAGGAAGCAUUAAAAAUGUUGCAUAGUGAGACUCAGCGCCUUAUUCGAGAGUCUGCACUUAAUCUUCCAUAUCACAUGCCCGAGAAUAAAACCGUUCAUGAAUUCUUCAAACGUAAACCCCGGCCCACUUGCCAGGGAAACGCCAUGGCGCUCCUGAAGUCCACUAAGUAUCAGGCAAGCCAUCACGAAGAAACCAUAGAUACUGAAAAUACAACUGCGGUGAGUGGUGACCACAGCAAAGACUCUGCGCAGACAACAGGUGCGGGAUGUGAAAUGGAAAUUAACGCACUCCCUGCGGUUUCAAAGGAACCCCAGAUCACUACUGAAUCCCAUGAGCCUUGCGGUAAAGAUUUGACAGGAAGUGAGGAGCUAGAAAUUCCCGAGAAACAGGAGCAAAGUGAUGCUAGACCUUCACCUGGGGACAUCUCGGUGGCACAGCAAGAAUGCGGCGUCCUGGGGAACAAGGACAGUGAGGACUGUCAGACUGAAGGGCUUGUGGCACCUGAACCUCAUGGCCUAGAGGAAGAAAAAGGCCUGAGAAAAACAGAAGAAGCUGAUGAGAAAGCGGAAGAGCCCAGCCAGCAAAAUGAAUCAACAGCAGCGGUGCCACCUGAAAAAGCGAGGCGGUUCACUGUGGAUAGACUUAAGCAACUGGGAGUAGAUGUUUUCGGUAAACCUCGGCUGGGUGCUGACAGAGAUUCCUUUGUGAUACUUGAAGAACCUGAAACCAACAGAGAACUGGAAGCCUUGAAGCAGCGUUUCUGGAAGCAUGCUAAUCCAGCAGCCAAACCCAGGGCUGGUCAGAAGGUGAUUGUGAACAUCAUAGUGAAAGAUGUGGGCACUGACGGGAAGGAAGAGCUCAAGGCAGAUGUGGUGCCCGUGACUUUGGCAGCUGAGAAGCUGGAUGGGGCAAGCCACACAAAACCAGGGGAAAAGCUUCAGGUGCUGAAAGCUAAACUUCAAGAAGCAAUGAAACUCCGAAGGUUGGAGGAGCGUCAAAAACGCCAAGCAUUACUCAAGUUAGAUAAUGAGGAUGGAUUUGAGGAGGAAGAGGAGGAGGAGGAGGAAGAAGAAAUGACAGAUGAGUCCGAGGAAGAUGGAGAAGAGGAGGGAGAGGAAGCCUUAGAGGAAGAAGAGGAGAAAGAGGAGGAAGAGGAGGAAGAAAGCAAUGAGGAGACUGCAGAAUUCCUUCUCGGUGGUGAAGAGAUAGAAACCAAAGAUGAGAAAGAAAUAGAUAAAGAAAACAAUGAUGAUGGCAGUGGUGAAAUUGGCAAGUCAGUUGGCCUCUCUGUCCCCAAGCCUCUCUCAUCGGAUUCUACCUUCCUUCUAUUCAAGGACAGCUCUUCCAAGAUGGGUUACUCUCCUAGUGAAGAAAAAUCAGAAAUAGAUGAAAACUCAGGCAAAAGACCUAGCAAAUUAGAUGAAGAUGAUUCAUGCUCAUUACUGACAAAGGAGAGCAGCCACAAUAGCAGCUUUGAGCUGAUAGGCUCCACACUUCCAUCCUAUCAGCCUUAUAACAGACAAACAGGCCGUGGGACCAGUCUUUUCCCUACAGCAGGAGGAUUCAGAUCUCCUUCCCCAGGGCUAUUUCGAGCCAGUUUGGUCAGUUCAGCCUCUAAGAGUUCAGGAAAGCUGUCUGAGCCUUCACUUCCCAUAGAGGAUUCCCAAGAUCUGUAUAACGCCUCCCCAGAACCUAAGACACUUUUCCUAGGAGCAGGAGACUUCCAGUUCUGCUUAGAAGAUGACACUCAGAGCCAACUGUUGGAUGCAGAUGGGUUCUUAAAUGUUAGAAACCACAGGAAUCAGUACCAAGAUUUGAAGCCUCGGUUGCCAUUGGCCAGUAUGGAUGAGAAUGCCAUGGAUGCCAACAUGGAUGAACUGUUGGAUUUGUGUACUGGAAAGUUUGCAUCUCAGACUGAAAAGCCUCUGCCUGGGAAGAGUGACAAGAAAGAGAACAUGGAGGAACUUCUGGAUCUUUGUUCAGGAAAAUUUACUUCUCAGGAUGUCUCUACUCUGGAUCCAUCAGAGUUAAAUAAGCAGGAGAAGGAGAGUAGCCUGGGUGAUCCAAUGGAAGAAGCACUCGCUCUUUGCUCAGGCUCUUUCCCAACAGACCGGGAAGAAGAAGGUGAAGAGGAGGAAUUUGGAGACUUUCGGCUUGUCCCAAAUGAUAAGGAGUUUGAUAGUGAUGAGGAUGAACACAGUGAUUCUGACAAGGAGGACCUGACACUGGAAGACCAUGAAGAUGAUGAUGAGGAAGACCUCCUGCAGCAAUCGGAGAAGUCAAAAAGGCAAAUGAGAUUGAAGAAGUACCUGGAGGAUGAGGCAGAGGUGUCAGGGAGUGACAUGGGAAGUGAAGAUGAGUAUGAUGGGGAAGAGCUUGAUGAAUAUGAAGAGGAUGUAAUUGACGAAGUACUUCCUUCUGAUGAGGAACUACAGCGUCAAGUCAAGAAAAUACACAUGAAAACAAUGUUAGAUGAUGAUAAACGCCAGCUACGUUUGUACCAAGAAAGGUACCUUGCUGAUGGGGACCUGCACAGCGAUGGUCCUGGACGAAUGAGGAGAUUCCGAUGGAAAAACAUAGAUGAUGCUUCCCAGAUGGACUUGUUCCACAGAGACUCUGAUGAUGAUCAGAUUGAAGAACAGCUUGACGAGACGGAAGCCAGAUGGAGAAAGGAGCGAAUUGAACGAGAGCAGUGGCUUCGGGACCAUGCACAGCAGGGGAAAAUUGCAGCUGAAGAUGAAGAAGAGAUUGGGGAAGACAGUCAGUUUAUGAUGCUGGCCAAGAAGGUUACAGCCAAAGCUCUGCAGAAGAAUGUCAGUCACACUGUGGUUAUUCAAGAAUCAAAGUCUUUAUUCAGAAAUCCUUUUGAAGCCAUCAAACCGGGAAGUGACAACCAGCUGAAGACAGGCUCACUGCUCAACCAGCCCAAGGCUGUGCUUCAGAAACUGGCUGCCCUCUCUGACCUCAACCCCAGUGCUCCCCGAAAUUCAAGAAACUUUAUCUUCCAUACACUUUCUCCUGUCAAGGCUGAGGCAGCAAAGGAAUCAUCUAAACCUCGGGUACGGAGAAGGGGUCCGUCUUUAAUGACAUCCACUUCACCUAAGCGCCUCAAAACAGAUGAUAGUACUUCAGAAUCGAAGCAAAGCAUCUUCCGUUACUUGGAAAGCUAACACUACGAGGGCGCCAGCACCUCUCUUGGGACUCCACUGAGAAGUAUCUGGCACUGAAGGCUGGAAUUGCUGCUCACGUGGAUGAUCCCCACUUCCUUCACAAUCAGUGCAUUAAGAUUGAGAACAGAGAUUCCAGUUCUUUCCACCGUGUGGCUCUGGACAUCUCUUUCCUAGUAUUACUUCCUGGGUUGGCCACUAACAAUUCUGUAGUGUUUACAACAGCCACUUAUGGGAUACCUGGGUGUCCUCCAUUAAAUAUUUGACAUUUUACCCUAGCAA